CCCUAUCUGUUUUCGCUCAAGAUGGCGGAGCUGCUGCUGGAGCCGAAUGGCAGCAGUUGGAAAAUAAGAUCAUUUUAAAAGGUUGUGGAGCCGUGUGAAGAGAUUCGUUUCGUAUAUCUCUCAGUGAGUACUUCCUCGGCGUUUUAUUAAGCCGUUUACUGAUUCGAAAGCAGUGUUUCAUGCGUCUGUGUUUGCUCGUUAGCACUUUAGCAUCGAGAAUAUCGCCAUCGUAUAAGGCCUAACAUGCAACUCCAGGCUGAAGGGAUGCUCGCUCUCCAUUUUAGGCUUCCACGAGUUUGUGUCUGUGGCUCACUUUUGUAAUUUUGGUGGCCGUUUGUGAAGUUGCCGCGCGAACAGACUACAAAGUUGGUCCUGAAUGUAUUUUAAUCCGAUGCCUAUUCUCUGUGGUCGUUUCCCCCCCUUUUAUCUCCUAGAUGUCCGCAGCGGAGAAUGAUCAGUGCCUCUGUUCCAAAAUAAGCUGAAUGCAUUGUGAUUUCCAAUAAUUGAGACAGUGAUUCUGAAGGCUGUCUACAUUAAUGAAAAGAGCAAUGUAGUCAGCUUAGCAUAUUCAGCAGCUGGUACGUGGCCUAUACAGGGAUGAUCUUCUGCAUUGGAAAUUUGCAAAGAUAUCUUCUUCAUAGUUGUCAGCUUCCAUUAGAUUUAGGUUUUAACUUAACCACACACACAAAAAAGAAAAAUUAAAAAUAUAUAUUUUAAAUGGAUGCAGAUGACGUACUCCCCCCUCUCCCCUUGGAGCCACCUGAUGAUUUUAGCCUAGACCAGAGCAGAGCCCCUCCACCACCUCCCCUGCAAACGUCCAGUGACGCAGAGGUAAUGGACGUUAGCUCUGGUGGUGAUGGACACACAUACACCCCGGGGGACGGGGAAGCAAAGACGCAGGAGUGCACGAGCGAGGGCUCUCUAGUCUUCUGUAGCCACCUUUCCAGUGAGGCCAGUCCCAACCCACGGUGCCCCAGAACGGCCCGCCACGCUCCUCAGGUCACCAAGUUUUUGCCGGACCUGAAGCAGCUCAGAAAUGUUAAGAUCAGGGUGAGCUUCUCUGAAGGCAGCAGCAGCAGUACCAGUAACGUUAGCAGCGGCAAAGACAGGAAGGUUUUAUACACAGGUGAGGGCCAGGAGGCAGGAAGUGAAGAUGGCUUAGCUUGUCUGAAUGGUGAAGUGGAAAGCAUGACGAGCUUGCUGGAGGAUGCUGAGGGUAGCAGUGGAGCUGGGGACGCAGCAGGAGGGAAGUCGGAGGACAGCGAGGUAGACCUGGAGAAUAAGGUAGAGUUUGCCGUCUUGGAUGAGUUGGAGGACUACUACGAGAACCUCCUGGACCGGGACGAUGGGGAGCAGGGCGGCUUUAAAUCUGAUGCCAUAGUUCAGCAGGAGGAGGUGCACGACGAGGCGUCGGCCUACGCCUAUGAGGAGGGCUUCGACAACGAUGUGGAUGCUCUUCUGGAAGAGGGCAUGCCAGUCCCGAAAAAGAUGCGUUUAGCGGAGGACAAGUAUGCCGGGGACAGCGAUCACCAGUUCGACGGAGACGGCGAAGGGGGGGUGCAGCCGAUGGUGACCAAAAUCAAGACCGUGCUGAAAAGUCGAGGCCGUCCACCAACCGAGCCUCUUCCCGACGGUUGGAUCAUGACAUUCCAUAAUUCAGGCAUUCCAGUCUACCUGCACAGAGAGACCCGAGUGGUCACCUGGUCCAGGCCCUACUUCCUGGGAACGGGCAGCAUCAGGAAACACGACCCGCCGACUAGCAGCAUCCCCUGCUUACACUACAAGAAAAUGAAGGACCAGGAGGAGAGGGAGCUCAACGGGGAGGUAAGCUCUAACGAGGCUGCUGCGAAGGCUAGCGACAUGGAGAAGGAGGACAAGUCGGCGGAGGACCAGGAGGAACACCCUUCGUCCACCGUCGGCGAAAGCGGCCAAGUCAGAGAGAGCGUGGACGAGAGCGGCACACAGAGCAAAGAGGGGCAUGCGUACGACACGGCUCAAGGCGCCUUAGGGCAGGUCAAGGCCAAGGUGGAGGUGUGCAAGGACGAAUCCGUAGAACUUGAAGAAUUCCGUCUGUACCUGGAAAAAUGCUUCGACUUCGAACAAGUCACCGUCAAGAAGUUCCGCACCUGGGCCGAGCGGCGGCAGUUCAACAGAGACAUGAAGAGGAAGCAGGCGGAGUCGGAGAGGCCGAUCCUUCCCGCCAACCAGAAGCUCAUCACCCUGUCGGUCCAGGACGCUCCCACUAAGAAGGAGUUUGUCAUCAAUCCUAAUGGGAAGUCUGAAGUUUGCAUCUUGCAUGAAUACAUGCAGCGGGUCCUGAAGGUUCGGCCUGUUUACAACUUUUUUGAUUGUGAGAACUCAAGUGAACCCUUUGGUGCUUCAGUCAUUAUAGACGGAGUCACUUACGGCACAGGAACUGCGAGCAGUAAAAAACUUGCCAAAAACAAAGCUGCCCGAGCCACACUGGAAAUCCUCAUCCCCGACUUUGUGAAGCAGACCUCGGAGGAGAAACCCGUCGAGGGCGACGAGCUGGAGUAUUUUAAUCAUAUCAGUAUAGAAGACUCGCGAGUGUACGAGCUGACCAACAAAGCAGGUCUACUUUCGCCAUAUCAGAUUCUUCAUGAGUGCCUUAAAAGAAACCAUGGAAUGGGGGACACCAGCAUUAAAUUUGAGGUGAUCCCGGGAAAGAACCAGAAGAGUGAAUAUGUUAUGACGUGUGGGAAACACACGGUGCGAGGCUGGUGCAAAAACAAGAGGGUCGGCAAACAGCUGGCGUCCCAGAAGAUCCUCCAGAUGCUUCACCCCCAUGUCAAGAACUGGGGCUCGCUGCUGCGCAUGUACGGCAGAGAAAGCAACAAGAUGGUCAAAAAGGAGAGUUCAGACAAGAGCGUGAUAGAGCUGCAGCAGUACGCCAAAAAGAACAAGCCAAACCUUCACAUCUUGAACAAACUGCAGGAGGAAAUGACGAAACUGGCAGCUCAGAGGGAGGAAACCAGGAAGAAGCCCAAGAUGACCAUAAUGGAGUCGGCCCAGCCGGGCAGCGAGCCCCUCUGCACUGUCGACGUUUAAGUCUCGGAAUCACUGACGAACCACAGCACUGAAACCCCAGCCACUGUCAAACAUCACUCCGCAUCAUGGCGUCCACGACAGAACGCAUCACUUGACAUCCGGCGAGGAGCGUAGCGUCACACUGAUCAGACCAGCGGAGCCGCCGCCGCCGCCGCUCGCUUCCCACGGCUCCGCCUGAAAGGUUGAGCAAGUAAGAGUGUGAGGGUUAGGACUGAAUGCACUUAUGGGGGCCCAGAGAUUUGGGGGGGGGGGAAACUGUCUACCUCUCUAGAUGCGUCCUAAACAACAAGAAUAUGAAUGACAUCGGAACAGAAAUGCAUGCUUUUAACUGUUACAAAAAAAAAAACAAGCCAAUCCUAACGUUGGUUUUAUUGUCAAUGUGUUAUUUUUAAAAGUCAAUCUUUUAGUACUCGCACUUGUUUGUUUUUUUUUGUUUGUUUGUUUCUUUUUAGUGCUUGAAGUUUUCAAAAGGGACUACUAAUGCUUGUAUUUAUACUAGUCAAUUAAUUGGAAAAAAAUCAGUUUGUUUAUUGGAUAUUUAAAGGAUAGAGGAAUAAUAAUUAAAAAAAAAAAAGGUGUACCACUUUUGUUAAUCAAUCUGAAAAGUCGUCGUGUUUGUUUGCAUGACUUGCGUCAUGAAGUGGCCGUUUGGAAAAAAAACCGUCACCAUGCACUCGUGUCUGGUUGGAUUUUACUUUUCGCUCGUCGCGCUGUUGUUCGGAGAAUAACCGUUUGUGGGGACGUGAUUGUUUUGAGUAGGACACAGUUACAGUCGCAGUAAACCCGACCCAGGGUUGGAGGUACCGCUAGCUUUGACAUUUCUUUAACAACUAGCUUUUUUUAAUCUACACUACUGCUAAUUUCAGACUUUUUUUUUGUUGUCCAUUUUAAAAAACAAAGUCAGCUACACGUUGCCUUAGUUAAUUCAUUUCAUGAAGGGCUCAGACUCUAAAGAGGUCGGACCUAAAACGCCCUUCAACAGGAAGUGGAAAGACCAACCCCCAUUUACUUGAUAAAGCAUUUACUCCUUAGGCAUUUGGUACGUUUUAAGUGGAGACGCGCUUUCAGAGUUGUCUUAAUUGGUGUGUACUUUGUACGUUUGCCAUCAUCCUUACAGUAGAUCAUGCUAGCUAUAAAUAUAUAGUAAAAAUAAACUCUGAAGGCAGCCUUGUUUAAGUUGGGAGGAACAGUGUAUACCAAAGCUUACAUCCAGUCUUAUGCAUUUUCUAGAAAUCUACAUGUUGCAGGAAAAAAAAAAGUUUUAACUGUGGCACUAGCUGGAGCAAAAACAAAUACAAACUGCUGUGCUUUUUCUACAAAAAACAAUUUUAGGAGGCAUAUGUUUAAGCAAUGCUCUUGUGAUUGUGUAGAUUGCUUCAAGAAUGUGUUUUUUUUGUCUCCCCCCUCCCCUCAUCUGUACGUGUCUUGACUCACCAAGUCAUGAUGUAAGGAGAGAAAUAAUAUUCUGGUUUUAUGUGGCGUUGCAUCAAUAAAAUGUUUGAAAACGUUGCUGCCUAGAAACUGUGUUGCAACCUGAACUCUUGACUUCAGUGAUGUUUGUUAUGCAAAAUAAAAAUGUCUUUACUGA